AUGAGUCUCUAUGCGCGCAAUCACGUCAAGGGAGAAGUCCAUGGCUUCGUGAACCCUUAUGCUGAGCUGAAUGCCGGGCUAUGGUCGCUCUUCGCUGGCGCUACUGUCCUGCUCGCCCUGAGGCUCUGGAUAAAAGUCACCCGACGCCAUGGCCUCUGGUACGAUGACCAUAUUCUGGUCACAUCGUGGGUGAUCCUCCUUGCGAACAACAGCCUCAUCGUCCACGAGUUCGCCACCGGCUUGGUACCCAAAGAUUCGGCCCAGAAAUGGGACGACCGCAUGCAAAUCCUCAUAAACAUAUCGACCUGCGGCAACCUGAUCGGGCAGUCCUUGACCAAGACAGCCUUUGGUGUGACGCUCCUGCGCAUGACCAAAGACUGGCUGCGCUGGGCGAUCUGGUUCUGUAUCGGCACCAUGAACCUGUGGAUGUUGUUGCGGAUGCUCUUCCAGUGGGCCAAGGUGUGCGACAACACGAGCUACCAGAACCACUAUCGCCUUAACUUUUGCAUCAGCGACCAGUUCCGGAAGGACUUCAAGGAGGGCGGCAACGUCUACAAUAUCAUUAUGGACUUUAUUUUUGCGUUCAUUCCAUGGCUGGUUCUCAAGCCGUUGGGGUUGAAGAAGAUGGAGAAGAUCGGCCUCGGUCUCACGAUGAGCCUUGGCAUGAUAGUCGCGAUUGUAGCGGCCGUCCGAGUGUCGUGGAAGAACGACGAGAAUGGACGAGAUGAGUGGUUCUUUUGGCGUAAUGGUGUGGCGCAGGUCUGGUACAACUCCGAAAUCACCGGAACAAUUAUAGUGCAAUGCAUCCCCGUCCUCCGCUCGCUCGCCAAGGACAUCCACACGUCCCUCGUGGCGAAGAGGUUGUCCUCGACAACAGCCGGUGGCCGCGACUCCUUUCGAGACAGCAGGUCUCGCAAGAAGAUUUCGGGAGGGGCACAUCCCGAAGGCGGCUGGAGAAGCAUCGACGACAAGGCGGGGCAAGCCACCACAGUGCAGCGCGGGCUGUCUGUCGAGACCAGCCAGGACGCGCAGCUGCCGCUGUCGUUGCUGUCGCCGAGCUUCUCUGUCAACUACACGACGCAGGCGUCUCCUCGGUCGGAGUCCUGGAUACUGUCUCCGAGCGAGAGCCGCUUCAGGAGGAGCCGGGACAGAGACACCUGGUCGACAAUGGCGUGUGAUAUCGAGAGGGACGGGCCGUUUUUCGGCUUAUCACCGCCGCCACCACCGCCUCCACCCAAGGACUGA